AUGCUUCAUGAUAUUGGUUUAGAAGACUUGGGUUUCAUUGGUCAUGAACACACUUGGAAAAGUAAUAAUUUGGGAACUGGUAAAAAAAGAUCCUGGAUAGACUUGGCACUUGGUAAUGCAGCCUGGAAUGCUACUUUUCCAUCUUCAAAGAUUUUACAUUUAAGCCAAAUGGGUAGUGAUUACUGCCCAAUUAUGCUCAUAACUGACUACAACCAGCAUAAAUUGUGGAAGCCUUUUAAGUUCUUUCAAACUUGGUUAAAUGAUAAGAAGUGUGCAGUUGAGAUAGCUAAGGCUUGGAGUAAACAAGUUCAAGGAUCAACAACUUUCAAACUCACUAAGAAAAUGCAAUUCACAAUAAUAGCUCUUUCUAAGUGGAACAGAAAGCACUUUGGUGAAAUUAAUCUAAAAGUUGACAAUCUUCAAAAGCAGUUAUCAGAUAUUCAGUCUCUUCCCCAUUCACAAGAAAAUACCUCCAAGUCUUUUCAGGUAAAUGAAGAACUCCAAAGAUGGCAUCACAUUCGGAAUGAGUUUAAUAAACAAAAGGUCAGAGAUAAUUUUCUUAAAGAGAUGGAUAAUAAUACAAAAUAUUUCCAUACAGUUAAUAAAAGAAAAGGAGGAAGAAACAACAUUGAUUCUUUUAAGGAUAUGAAUGGAAAUUGGUUACAAACCAGAGAUCAGCAGGCCAAACUUCUCACAUAUAAUUUCCAAGAAACCAGCACUUCUACAAACCCUCACUUAAUCAGUACAAUCAUAUAA